AUGGAAUUUAAGAAUACAGACACUGAUGCUGAACGGGGACUGAAACUGCGAGUCUUGCGAAUAUACUCAAAAAGGAUGCUCGAGCUGCUGGCUGUUGUACAUCUGCUGAGGCUGAAAGAUUUAUUGAGCAGAAGUGAAAGAAGGAAGCUGAAGAAACUGCCCGUGGAUGCUCAGGGAGGUGUCACAAAUAUAGAUUCUGGUUGCAAGGACUCUUCUUCAACAACUGCAGGACUAGCUAUUUCAAACUCCUUAAACAAUUGGGAUGUCAUCAGUUUUGUGGGGGCUAAUUUACUCUCUGAAGCUGAAAAACAGCUGUGUGGAGAAAUCAAGAUCCUACCAACACAUUAUUUGAGCCAGUUGGAAGCCAUGUCAACGGGGAUUUUAAAGGGCAAUAUUACCAAGAAAUCCGAGGCACAUGGCAUGUUCAACCUUGAUCCAAACACGGUGGAUAAAGUAUAUGAUACGCUUGUGAAAAAGGGUAUCACUCAAGCGCGACAUGCAGCCAGCCUGCAAUUUUGUUCGAGAGCUAAUGAGUCCUGGUUUCUAGAAAGGUAA